CCCGAAACCCUAAUCGUCUCUCCCGCUCCUCUCGCCUCCUCCCCCGCUACCUCUCUCAAAACCCUAACCCUAGGGAGAGAGAGCUCCUCCCUCCUCCGCCGCCACUGCGCCGCCGCGAUGCCGCCGAAGCUCGACCCGUCGCAGGUGGUGGACGUGUACGUCCGCGUGACGGGCGGGGAGGUGGGCGCGGCGAGCUCCCUCGCCCCGAAGAUCGGGCCCCUGGGGCUCUCCCCGAAGAAGGUCGGCGAGGACAUCGCCAAGGAGACGGCGAAGGAGUGGAAGGGCCUCCGCGUCACCGUGAAGCUCACCGUCCAGAAUCGCCAGGCCAAGGUGAGCGUCGUCCCCUCCGCCGCCGCCCUCGUCAUCAAGGCCCUCAAGGAGCCCGAGCGCGAUCGCAAGAAGACGAAGAACAUCAAGCACAACGGCAACAUCUCCCUCGACGACGUGGUCGAGAUCGCCCGCAUCAUGCGCCCCCGAUCCAUGGCCAAGGACCUCUCCGGCACCGUCAAGGAGAUCCUCGGCACCUGCGUCUCCGUCGGGUGCACCGUCGACGGCAAGGACCCCAAGGAUCUGCAGCAGGAGAUCUCUGAUGGCGAGGUCGAAGUCCCCGACGCGUGAGAUCGGUCGCUUCUCUAUCCCUCUCUUUUAAAGAUUACAUUUUUAUUCACCCUUUUGAUGAUUUUGAUUCAUGCAGUAGUUUUCGAGACUUCAAUUUGCAAUCUCUAUGUGGUCGUACCAAGUAAGAUGAUGUUGAGCUAUUUUUGGGUUAAAUUAAAUGAUUGUUCUGUUUUGUUCAAUUUGUCGUAUUAGAGUAGAAGAAUGUUAAUUUGCGAUAAACAAAUGGUUAUUUUGUUUGCUCUUCAUAA